CAAUCACACAGCCUUCUGACUAAGCAGAAAGGGCUGCACUACCUUUCAGUAUAUAGCAUCAUGGAAGUCUGUUCAGCUCUACUGCUCUGUUUGGCCCUAAUGGGUCUUCUUUUUUGGAAGAUGUCAAGGCCAAAAGGAUUCCCGCCAGGUCCAAUGGCUCUGCCUUUUGUGGGCAAUCUGCUUCAGAUGGAUUUCAGAAAUACCCUCAAAGAUUUACAGGAGUUUUCCAAGGUGUUUGGCCCCGUGUACAGUAUAUACUUAGGACCCACUCCAUUUGUGGUGGUAAGAGGAUUCAACGCUAUCAAAGAAGUUCUUGUGACCAAAGGCAUAGAGUUUGCUGACAGACCUAGAGAUAGACUCACAGAGGCAGUUUCUGGUGGUAGAGGCAUAGUGCUUGCUCCUUAUGGACCUGCUUGGAAGGAGCACAGACGCUUCACUUUGUCUACAUUACGUAAUUUUGGCCUUGGCAAAAAGUCCAUGGAGGAGAGAAUUAGAGAGGAGAGCUUGCAUAUAAUCCAAGCAUUUGAGCAAAGUAAGGAUAAGCCACUGGAUCCCCAUUCUGUCAUUGAUAAUGCUGUGUCCAACAUAAUUUGCUCCAUUGUGUUUGGGAGACGCUAUGACUAUGAUGAUUCCACAUUCAGUGACAUUCUUAAUCUCGUUCAUGAACAUAUGAAGAUGGUCACUGGAUUCUGGGCACAGCUGUUCAAUGCCUUUGGGGUUGUCCAGUAUCUUCCUUUGCCACAUAGGAAGAUUUUGAGUAAUGUAGAGAAAGUUUUUGGGUUCCUGAGGAAGAUUCUAGAGGAGCACAAGAAGACCAUUGCACCUGGAGAACCAAGAGAUUUUAUAGACUCCUACCUGGAUGAACUGGGACAGCAAGAGAAAAACAGCAAGAAGACUUUUGAUGAGGAAAAUUUAUUCUCAUCCAUAGUAGAUCUGUUUGUAGCUGGCACUGAGACCACAGCAUCCACCCUGGAAUGGAGUUUACUGUUCAUGAUGGCACAUCCAGAAAUCCAAGAAAAGUGCCACCAGGAAAUAGACAGGAUUCGAGGAGACAGAGAACUGCUGGAUUAUGAGGACAGACAUGCUAUGCCGUAUACACAGGCUGUAAUACAGGAGGUGCAGCGUUUUGCCAACAUUGUACCACUAGGAGUCUCUCACUCACCAAUAAAAGAUAUGCAACUCAAUGGGUUCAGUAUCCCAAAGGGCACAGUAAUUAUUACAGAUCUCUCCUCUGUGCACACUGAUGAGAGUCAUUGGAAAUAUCCGUAUGAGUUUAAUCCAGAAAACUUCCUGAAUGAGGAUGGUGAGCUGAUUAAAAAGGAAGCCUUUCUCCCCUUCUCUGCAGGACCGAGAGUUUGUCUUGGGGAGAAUCUUGCCCGUAUGGAGAUUUUUUUGUUCUUAACAACUAUGCUGAUACACUUUGAAUUUCAAUGGCCGGACCCCACAUCAUCUCCUGACUUGACUCCAGUGUUUGGAAUCACUCAAGCUCCCAAACACUUCAAAAUGAGGCUGGUGUCCCACAAACAAAGAUAAUUGUCUGGAUAUAAAUGGUGGAUCAUCAUGCACAACAUUCACACCAUAUGCUGUAUGUGCAUUACGAUGCUGAAGGAAAGUUGCCUACUAUGGUCAAUAACAUUUAAAAACAUAUAAAAAUUCAGUUGUUUAACUGUAUCAAUUUAAGUGGCACAAACACACCUAUAUCCAUAAACAUGGAAGGAGGAAUCAUAUUUCAGAGAAAUUAAAGCAAAAGCAUAAAAAGUAUUUCUCAGAAGUCAAAGGGACACUCAAGUCAAAUAAAACUUUCAUGAUUCAGAUAGAACAUGCAAUUUUAAACAGCUUUCCAAUUUACUUUCAUUAAAGGGACACUGAACCCAAAUGUUUUCUUUUGUGAUUCAGAUAGAGCAUGCAAUUUCCUAAUUUACUCCUAUUAACAAAUUUUCUUCAUUCUCUUGGUAUCUUUAUUUGAAAUGCAAGAAUGUAAGUUUACAUGCCAGCCCAUUUUUGGUGAACAACCUGGGUUGUCCUUGCUGAUUUGACAGCACCAAUAAAAAAUGCUGUCCAUGGGCUGAACCAAAAAAUGGCUGGCUCCUUAGCUUAGAUGCCUUCAUUUUCAAAUAAAAAUAGCAAAAAAACGAAUAAAAAUUGAUAAUAGAAGUAAAUUAGAAAGUUGCUUAAAAUUGCAUGCUCUAUCUGAAUCAUGAAAGAAAAAAUGUAUUUUUAUAGUUAUGCUUUUUGAUUUACCAGCUCCUACGACUGAUGGCUGUCACAUGAUACAGGAGUGGAGGAAACAGACAUAACUUUGAAAUUUGUCAGAACAAAAUCUAUUACACAUUUGAAGUUCAGACUAAGGGGCUGAUUUAUCAAGGGCCGAAUGGCCCCUGAUGCCCCUGUUUCCGCGCGAGCCUUCUUAAGACCGCUGCUCCUUAACUGGUCCGCUGCCUCUGAGGCUGCGGAGAUCAAUCCACCCGAUCCUAUACGAUCGGGUUGAUUGACACCCUCUGCUAGCGGGCGCCAUUGGACAAGCAGUUCACUAGAAAUGCUUGUGCAAUGUUAAAUGCCAACAGUGUAUGCUGUCGGCAUUCAGCGAUGUCUGGCGGACAUGAUAGACUGCAGCGUAUUAUGUCUGCCAGAUUUUGAUAACUCGACCCCUAAGUGCUCUUGCAUUGUCUUGUUAUCAUCCAUUUAUUUAUUAUGUGAAUCUGUUAUAUUUACUGGUCCUUUAAGAUAUGAAUUAUGACAAUUUAAUUAACUCUAAGUAGCAGGUGCAGAUUUCCGUCACCCAUAAGUCGCGUUAGUGAUUCACAGAUAAGCCCAAUACAGUCAAUGGUUAUAGCAUUAUAAAGAGUGUUAUUACUCUUUUCUGCAAAUAAUGAAUGUUUAAUUUAUGGAAUUUCCUGAUUUCAGCUGUCUGUUAAUGGAAAUCUAAAUUAUGUAAACUCUGAUCUUCACUUAAUACAAUGUUGAAACCUUUAUUACUAAAUAAAGAUUUCUUGGAAAAAUUGAAAUAGCCAAUAGUAAGGUGUUCUUGAAUGUGCUAUCUUGAGAUGAACAUAGCUUAAAUUUCAAAUUUCUAUUUCAAUACAGCUAAAACCAGACAUUUUCCUGCUGUAUUGCUGAGUGAAAAUUUAAACCUGGGUAUGAAUGUUUAUUUUCUCAGACACACAGACAGACAGACUGACCGACAGACAGACUGACCAACAGACAGAGAUAGAUAGAUAGACAGACAGACAGAUAAAUAGAUAUUUGAAUGCUAGCUAUUUCCACCAUUCCUCUAGUAUAUAAUUGGAAAGAAAAGUAAAAAAAUUAGACCUUUUCUAAUACUUAAAAUUGAUUAGGUCAGUAACUAAUACUCUAUUGAUAUUUUACCACCAAUGCAUAUCUAUAUUCUAUCACUUAGAUCUUUCUAUAGUUAAAAUAUUAUAUGGUUUUGGGAAAAAAAUAUUUAAAAUAGUUAAAUUUUGAAUAAUCAUUAUCAUAGAUUUCAGGGAAAGGUUUCAUUGAUGAAAUGUUAAUGUGUUUAUUUGUAAACUGCUUUUCUUAAAUGGAUCUUAAACUUAAAACUGAAUCCCUUGUCAACAUUUUAAUAAAGAAAAUGAGACAACGAUGCAGUAUA